AUGACAUUUCAAAGAUUGCAACAGGUUUUGACUGGCACGCAUCCUAACCACAAUCAGAAUAUACAAAGGUACGACCAGCUGGAAAUGUCGCAAAUCCCAGACAUGGAUUCCGGGGAGAAGCGGCUCAAUGAGCUGGGUUACAAGCAAGAACUCAGAAGAGAAAUGACUUUGUUCAAAACACUUGCAAUAUCGUUUUCGACGAUGACCCUUUUUACAGGGAUUACUCCACUGUUUGGUUCAAGCCUUCAAUAUGCAGGUCCAGCAAGUCUUGUGUGGGGUUGGGUGGUAGUAUCGUUCUUCACCUGGUUUGUUGGAUUUGCGAUGGCUGAGAUCUGUUCCUCUUUCCCGACUACUGGUUCUCUUUACUUCUGGGCUGCUCAUUUAGCUGGUCCAAAAUGGGGUCCAUUUGCAUCGUGGUGUUGUGCUUGGCUCGAGACAAUAGGGCUCAUUGCAGGCAUAGGCACACAGGCUUAUGCAGGAUCACAAACACUGCAGAGUAUCAUUUUAUUAUGCACUGGAACAAAUAAGGAUGGGGGAUAUCUUGCUCCAAAAUGGUUGUUCUUAUGCAUGUACAUAGGCCUGACUAUCAUUUGGGCAUUUCUCAACACUUUUGCAUUAGAAGUGAUUGCCUUCAUCGACAUAAUCUCAAUAUGGUGGCAGGUUAUUGGAGGAUCAAUUAUAGUCAUAAUGCUUCCCUUGGUAGCACUGACUACACAAUCUGCCUCAUAUGUGUUCACACAUUUUGAAACAGCACCUGAAUUGACUGGAAUAUCAAGCAAACCUUAUGCAGUUGUUCUAUCUUUUCUCGUCAGUCAGUACUCACUCUAUGGAUAUGAUGCCGCAGCUCAUCUAACUGAAGAAACCAAAGGUGCAGACAAGAAUGGUCCUAUUGCAAUUCUGACUAGCAUUGGGAUCAUUUCUGUAUUUGGAUGGGCAUACAUUUUGGCCCUUAUGUUCAGCAUUCAGGAUUUUAGCUACUUGUAUGAUCCAAGCAACGAGACUGCUGGAACAUUCGUGCCGGCUCAAAUACUCUAUGAUGCAUUCUAUGGGAGAUAUCAUAGUGGUACUGGAGCUAUCAUUUUACUAUUUAUCAUAUGGGGUUCAUUCUUCUUCGGUGGGCUUUCCAUCACUACCAGUGCUGCCAGAGUUGUAUAUGCUCUAUCAAGAGAUAAAGGAAUUCCCUUCUCAUCCAUAUGGAGAAAAGUGCACCCUAAGCAUAAAGUUCCUUCAAAUGCUGUGUGGCUCUGUGCAGCCAUCUGCAGUCUUCUUGGACUCCCAAUCUUAAAAGUCAAUGUCGUCUUCACUGCCAUUACAUCUAUAUGUACGAUUGGCUGGGUUGGGGGUUAUGCAGUUCCAAUCUUCGCAAGAAUGGUUAUGGCAGAAAAGAAUUUCAAACCCGGGCCAUUUUACCUGGGCAAAGCUAGUAGGCCAAUUUGCUUGGUUGCCUUUUUGUGGAUCUGUUAUACCUGUUCAGUCUUUCUCUUGCCAACUUACUACCCAAUUACUUGGAAUACUUUCAACUAUGCACCAGUGGCAUUGGGUGUAGGUUUGGGUCUAAUAAUGAUUUGGUGGAUGUUGGAUGCAAGAAACUGGUUUAAGGGACCUGUUAGGAAUAUUGAUGGCCCGAAUGGGAAGGUUUGACUUCUGUCAAAUGUUGGACUUUUUUCGGUCCCGGGAACUUAUUGUUAUCUUUUUUACAUGUUUCUAAUCACAUUUUGUUUAUUUGUCCAAA